UCUCUUCACUCUUCUCUCGUUCUCUUCUCUCAUGUCUGAAAUUCGAAUGAUUUAGCGAUUUCAGAGAUCUCAAAUCCCAAAUCAAGCCGACCAAUUCAUUUUCCGACUUAGGGUUGUUAGGUUAACGUAUGAAAGUUGUUUUAGGGUUCGGUUUCUCUUCUCUAGUCUCUAAAAACUCUGCACAAAGAAGAAAAAAGCCCUGAACUUCUCAUUUCCUUUAAGUGUAAUGAAGUGUUUCGCUUGAUUUCAUCUUAUGUUUGAUUUUUGAUUCUGGAUUUAAUUGAAUCUGAUUUUGUGUGAAACCCAUUUUCUGUUAGGUUAACAAGAAAAUGCUAAUAGUACUAGAGUUUUUGAUUUGAGAGAUCAUGAAGAGGAACAAGGCUUUCCUUGUCAAAGAGUUUGCAAAUAGAAAUCGGGUGGUUCCGAUCUGUAAAGAACCUAAUAAUUUCUACAACGUUAACUCCUUCAAACACUCUGGGUUAGCGAAUGCAAAGACAGUUCCAAUUCAAGCUGGAAAUGAUUCGGGUUUUGUUGCAUCUCAUUGUUCACAGGCAUAUAGGUGAGAGCUGAUGAUGUUGCGGUCACAGUUUGAGAUGCUGGUCCAGUCGUGGUUGCCGACGGAAGGGCAGGGGUUGCUACGAACCUGUUUAAUGAACCCACAGGAACCUGAAAUCUCGGGAAACAUUUUUGACAAACUGGAAGCAUCGUACAGCUUAAAGGGUAACUUGCCUGUCAAUCUAUUACCAGUAACUUAUCCGAGCCAAAGUCAUACACAAGCUUUCAGCACACAGGAUGAUUUUCCCAAGACUGUUACGAGGAAAUUUAGUCAGGGAUCAUCUCCCGCGAGCAUGGAUUUUCAUCCCAUUCAAUAAACUCUACUUUUGGUUGGUACCAGUGUUGGAGACAUUGUAUUGUGGGAAGCUGGUUCAUGCGAGAGGCUGCAUCUGGGACAAAAGGUGGUUCAAGUGGUUCUCCAGUAGUGGAUUGGCAAGGAAGAGCAGUGGCCUUAAAUCCAGGAAACAAAUCAUCAAGUGCUUCAACAUUUUUCCUUCCAUUAGAGAGAGUUGUGAGGGCGUUAAGGUUUAUUCAAAAGAGUAAAGACUCAUCUGGAAGUGGAUGGGAGGAUGUAACUAUUCCUCGUGGUACCCUCCAGGUUCAAGACUUACAUUCUAUAACUCCAAACUUCUUCUUGGAAGUAAGUGGUGCAGUUAUCCAGUCUCUUUCCUACCAACAGUCCAGAAAUUUCCGUUUCAAAUGUGGCCUGGUGUAUGUUGCUGAACCCGGGUACAUGCUUUCUAGAUCAGCUGUUCCUCACCAUGCCAUCAUAAAGAAAUUUGCAGGGAAAGAGAUACCAUAGUUGGAUGACCUAAUACUAGUGAUAUCUGAUGAGCUGUCUAGGGGUGCUCGAGUCCCUUUGGAAUACAUAAACUACGUGGACCGCCAUCGCAACAAGGAAUUGGAGAAGGAACAUACUGCGGAAGGUGUAUAAGCAGCUGGAAGCUUUGUGGAUCUUGAAGGCUACAAGUAGUUGGGAGGAAAUCUCAUAUUGAUGAAGUAUGGAUGAUUCCUUUGUAUAGUUGGGAGGGAAUCUCAUCUGGAAACUGGAGUACAACACUCCCUCCCUGCUCACUAGUAUGUUUCUCUACUAAUAUUUCUUUAUUUCGCUGUUACUUGUCAUUAUUUGAAGGCAAACCAAUUUAGGAAAUGACUCUAUGUUUUCCUAGUUGCAUCCUUUCUCAUUCCUUAUAAACUGAAGAGUGAACCCAUGUAUGCCUCUCUUUUUGAAU